AUGGACUAAUCAAAUAACUCAAGAGGACCUAUAUAUUUGGCUAUUGAGAAAAAGCUUACAGAGGUAUUUAAUCCUACACACUUAGAGAUAGUUGAUGAGAGCCACAAGCAUGCAGGACAUCACGCAAUGAAAGAGCAUUCUAGACAAGGUGAGACUCACUUCUAGGUGACAGUGGUUAGUGAUGAAUUCGAGAAUAAACCAUUGAUAGACAGACAUAGAGCAGUAAAUGAAUGCUUGGCUGAGGAAAUAGCAGCAGGAGUACAUGCCUUAAGUAUUAAAGCUAAGACUCAAAAGUAAUGGAUUAAAUAGAAUGAGUAGAUUCAGACAUGA